GCGAAUUGGCGAGCAAGCAUUCACUCACUCCGCCUUCCUCCUCCAGAAAACCCCCUACUAUAUAAGCAUCGUAAUCCCAUCCCUGCCUCUGUAUAUAUACACACACACACACACACACAUAUAUAUAUAUAUAGAGAGAGAGAGAGAGAGAGACACACACACACACACACAAUUCCAAGUUCAAACCCAGAAUGGCGAACCUUCCGGAAGAUUUUGUGGGGUGUAGACGCGAAGUGGGUCCCAGCACGUCCGAGUCACUGAACGCUUUCAGUAAUGCCGGCCGGCCCAAAAUGGUCUACGUCGAGAAGUUGAUUCUGGCGCUUGCUCAUGAACAUACCCGAGAACGAGCUCUCUACCACCUUUGCAAGAUUAGGAUGACUCAUGAAGAUUUGGCUCUUUUAUUGUGGCAUUCUUUUGGAGCUAUGUAUAAACUCUUGCAGGAAAUAGUGGCAGUAUACCCCUUGCUGUCAACCCCAAACCUUAGAGACAGUGAAUCAAAUAGAGUGUGCUAUGCUGUUGCAUUACUUGAGUGUGUAGCUUCUCAUGAAGACACGAGGAUGCUGUUCAUCAAGGCUAACAUGCCACUGUAUCUAUACCCUUUUCUUAGCAACAUGAACAAGGAAAAGCCACAUGAAUGCCUCAGGAUAACCAGCUUAGAUAUUAUUAGUGCCUUAAUGAAGUCUAACGAUGCAAACAUUAUUAACUUCCUUCUCGGUAGUGAAAUACUUCCUAAAUGCCUAAUCUGCAUGGAUGUGGGCAGUCAAAUUUCAAAACUAGUUGCCACAACUAUUGUUGAAAAAGUUUUGAUGACCGAUGAUGGUCUAAGGUACUGUUGUUAUUAUGCGGGAAGAUUUUAUGCAAUAACCCGAGCUUUGGGGAAAAUGGUUGACGAAUUUUCUGGAAAACCUUCUGGGAAGUUGCUAAACCAUAUUAUUUGUUGUUAUAUUAGACUCUCCGAAAAUCCAAGGGCACGUUAUGGUUUAGGAGGAUGUCUCCCUAGGAAGUUCACUGAGACUACCUUCAUUAAAAACCUUCAGGAUGACCCGACAACCAGGCUAUCGCUGCAAAAGUUAUUCAACAGUCUCUCAUCCGGAGACCUUUAUCAAAUACAACCAGGUGGGAAGCUAUCUAUCUGAAAAAAAGCUUCUCAAAAGGCUAAACAGCACGCAAUUGGGGUUAUCCAUGCUUGGCUGGGAGAACCACAAUUUAUGACAUUAUUCAUGCAUACAUACAAUGCUAACGUAAUGCUUAUUCACUAGCUUAGUUUAGGUAAGUUGCAUAGUUUUGCCUAACGAGCUUAAGAACAAAAGGGCCUGUCUUAAGGACCUGUCUUUCUUCAAGUUUUCACCCUUUUUAAGUAUGAAUAUAGUCCGAUACAAAGAGAGAGAAAAUUCAAUGUCGGUUGAUUUUGGUGUAAGAAAGUAAACUCUGCCCUCAGUUUACUCCCUUCCUUUUCAACUACUGUAAACAUCAAUACUCAAAAAGAUGUACAAAAGAAAUUAUCCACUAGUUUUUCAUCCUUUUCUGCCUUCAGCAAGUCUGAUUU